GGUUGUUUUACCUCAAUUACGUAGCUUGCUAAACUCGUAAUAGAAUCCCUUUGAGAAAAAAAGGAGAGAAAGAGAAAUAAACCUAAAAACGUCCUUAUUCAUUAUAGAAUCUCCCAAAAGUGAGGAAAAAGAAAAUUCCUAAAAACCUUCUAUCCUAAACUAUAAAAACUAGGCUAUGUCAGGUUAAUUACAACACGAUUUUCUUCCCUUAAAAUGUGGGGACGGCCUUAUGACGAGACCAACAUGGUGUUCAGCUGCAUGUUAUGCAGGAGGCGUGAACGUGAAAGAUGCAUUUGCGAAAACUGCUACGUGAGAAUCAUGAACCAGCAUAAUCGGGAGAUCAAUGAUCUCAAGGCCAAAGUCGCCUUCUUGAGCUUUUGGUAUCCGCCCAAUGAUGAUGACGCCCACCAUGACUCCACCCAUCCCGCUCUUUUCUUCCCCGAUGUUAUGUUGGUCACUUCUUGUAGUGAUGAUUUUUCCGGCUCACCUCCCGAUCCCAUUCAUGCCCAUAAGGCCAUUUUGGCGGAUCGAUCCCCGGUGUUUAAAGAAAUGUUUGAGAACGAGAUGAAAGAAAGCAAAACUGGCACCAUUAAGAUAAAUGAUGCAUCAAAUGAUGCUGUCAGAGCGUUUGUAAACUACAUGUACACAGCCGAAGCAUUGGUAGAUGAGAAUAUGGGCUGCGCUCUUCUAGUGUUGGCUGAAAAAUACAUGGUGAAGCAUCUCAAGGAUUAUUGUGAGAAGUUCCUAUCAACCAAAUUGAAUUGGGAGAAUUCAUUGAAUCGCUAUGCCUUCGCUCACCACAACAAUGCGAAGCUACUGCUUGAAUCAGCUUUGCGUAUAAUAUUAAACAACAUGAAUAUGCUUACCCAAAGGGAAGAGUAUAAGGAAUUUGUGGAAAAGGAUCCCCUACUUGUUGUGGAAAUUUAUGAGGCUUAUCUCUCCAAACUUCUAAAUGAUUAA